UUCUUCGUUGUGGUGUCAAAAAUGUUGAGGUUGAAUUUGCGAUUUGAUGGUGAAUCUUUUUAAUUUUGUGUGUUUUGUUUACCCAUAAACAAGUUGGAUUUUUUUAUAAAAUUCUAUUAAAACUCUACAGUUUUGUUUGGUGUCAUUUUGUGCAAAGAUCGUUGUGUGAAAUCCAUGGUUUUUGUUUUGUUGAUAUUUUGUGGUUAGAAAGGGUGGAGUACGUAUCCUAUAAAAUUUAUUGUGCAUUUCUGAAUUGAUGUGAUUAUUGUGCGACAAGAGUGUAAGAAAUAAGUAUAAAAAAUGAGUGCGGUUAUUUGUGAUUAUCGCAAAAAGUAUCGGAAGCUGUUGAAAUCAAUCCUUGCUUCCUUUGAUCCUGAUGAUCAGCUUCCCGUAACCAUAGAGUAUUGUACUUUUGUGAAAAAUCACGAAAUCAAUGGAAAAGUUGCACAUUGGGCUAAUCAAUUUCUCACAAGAAGACGAGGUAAUCCUCAUCUCACCAAGCCGUGUCCUGAAAACCUGAUUGGGCACCUGAUUAAUGCGCUCAUCAAUGAACUGCAAGUGAAAAUUAAAAGUGAACCGGAGUCAUUUGGUUAUCGUCCUGAAAAUGACCAUUAUGACAGUUUCAAGCUGUGCCGAGCGGCAAUCACAUUGCUGGUCAAGGUGUGUGAAAAAUACCUGGACAAAGCUGAGCUUCGAACCCUGCCCCCUCCACCCACCGACCUGCUCAGCGCCCCUCCCACCUCCAUCUACACCAGCAAAAACCUGCGACCCCGAAUGGAAGACCGCACAACUGUGCUGUGGGACCUGCACUCCAUGUUCAAUAUCCAGGGCUAUGGCACAGCGAGUUAUUUCGCAGUAUUUGAUGGUCAUGGAGGUGCAGAUGCUGCUUCCUAUGCUUCAGCCCAUCUCCACCAGUACCUCGUCGAGAGCACGCAUUAUCCGCAUGACCCGGUAGCUGCCCUCAACGACGCAUUUAUUCAAACCGAUAAGAGGUUCGCCGAAACUAAAGAGGGAAACAGAAGUGGUACAACAGCCGUAUGUGCUCUGCUGAGGCCUAAGGAAGGAAGACUGUAUGUAGCGUGGGCAGGUGACUCUGAGGCACUACUUGUAAAAAAUGGAGAGCCCAUUGAGGUUGUAAAUCCUCACAGACCUCAUAGACAGGACGAGCAGGAACGAAUAACUGCCCAAGGAGGUUGUGUAAUGAGAUGGGAAGGUGUGUGGAGAGUUAACGGAGUAAUAUCCGUAUCAAGAGCGAUAGGUGAUGUGAAGUUGAAGCCGUCAAUGACGGCUGAGCCGGAAAUAAGAGUGUUGGACCUGGAUGGCACCGAAGACUACCUCAUCUUAUCGUCGGACGGCGUCUGGGAUGUCAUCAAGAAGGAGGACGCAGUCGAAUGCUGUGAUAUUUACCUCUAUGAGAAUCCAGGUGACGUGAAAGGUGUGAGCGCUAGCUUGGCGAAGCUGGCGUCGUCGCUAGGCGCCAGCGACAAUCUGAGUGUGGUAGUGACGCAGCUGAGCGACAACCAGCGCCUGGCGCACCGCCUGGCACAGAACCCACUGCUCUACCUCAACUCAGCCACUCGCCACCGACAUCGCGACCACUUUGACGCCGACAACCAGCAGUCCUCCGACUUCAACGACUUUGAGGCCGACUUUGGUCCCGAGUCCAACGUAGACGACUCUGACGACGAGGAGGAGGGGCAGGUGGAGGAGAGGAGGAACGGUGUGAUAGGAGGAGGAGGAGGAGGCGGUGGAAAGGAGGCUGGAGGCGGCGUCAUGGACGACCCGCACGGUCCCCUCGCGCCCCCCGUGCCACCCCUGCAUGGCGGCCCCUUUCAGGCAUCACCUGUUUCGCACAACUAUCUUGGUGGAAUAGACGAGCCGGAUAAUGUAGCAGAGAGCGAGGGAGAAGGCAAUGUGGAUGACUCGGAUGAGGAGGAGUGGAACUACAUCAAAGGACAAGACGAGGAGAACAGCAAGGAGGACGAAAACGACAAAAACCAAACGAACAAACCGAACAAAGACGUCGACGACGAUACAUCGGUCGAUGCUGAAGAAGAUAUCGAUAUGGAGUCGCAGCUGAACCCAGAGGCGGCGGAAUUCGUGCCGGUGUCGCCGACACGUGUGGCGAAGGAGUCACGUGACCACCUGCUCGAUGACGUCAUCAGCUCGUCGCCCAUGAAGGGCUGCGAAAAGAGCCUCGACAACAUCAUCAUCCCCACAGAGGAGGACUUCCGCAGAGAUGUCGCCCAUUGCGCCUCCUCACUCGAAGAUGAACUCAAUGGUGACUUGAACACAACGGCCAAAGACCAGUUGAACGACUCGCAAUUCACGGCUCUGUCGCAGUGCGGCGAUGAGAGCGAAGUGAUGUCAACCAAGGCUGAGUUCGGAGACUCGGUGUUCGGGCUGGGAGUCUCCAUGAACAACUCGACCGCCUUCGUCGCCGAAAUUCACAAUGAUAAGGAACCCGUGUCCAACGAUUUCGACCCGAUCUACGAUGCGGACAAAGAUGUGCACAACUUUGACACAAUUCAGGCCCCAGACCAUGAUGAUCCACUCAUCCCAGGCACUCCCAAAUCAACGGUUGCUGAGGCAUCGCACUCUCCUAACUUCGAUGGAAACUUUUCUGGGGAAGACCAGCCUUUUGAAAUGGAGAAACCUGAAGAACAGCAACAGCAACAACCCCUAAGCGUUAGUCCGAUUCCAGAAGAAUCCAGGCCUCCAACGUUUGCUGAAAUUCUGAAGCGACCAUCUCCGAGAUCUUCGGCAACAAAUUCGCCAAGAACAUCCCCGGAGCCCCCAGAGAGUCCCCCAGUCGAGAAGAAGAACUUCAAUCCUUUCUCGAAUGAGAAUGAUGUUGCCGCUGCUCCCGAAAGCAUAAUCAUAAAUAAUAUGAAUGAGUGUGAAAAGAAAUUCGAGACAAUUGAAGAAGAGAGCAAACAAACGUUUGAGGAUAUUCUUUUGCCUGGAAAAACUGACACACAAGAUUUCAGCCAUGCAAAUACAAAUCCAUUCAGUGCGGAUAACGUAGAUUUUGCGAACUUUGAGCACAACACUCAUCCUGUAAAUAACCAGCUGGAUCUGGACAUGAUGUGCACAAAGCCCACACAUGAAUUCAUGCUGAAUAACGAAUUGAACACCCCAGACGAUGAAAAACCACCAAUGACUUUCCAAGUUGAGACUGAACCUCCCAAAACCGAAACCAAUUUCGACGAUUUCAUUAGUCACAAUAACUCAGAUCCCAUGACACAGAGCUUCAUUGUAUCACCAGUAUUGGAGAAUCCAUCUCAUGUGGAAAUGAGCUUGAUGCCAGAAGCACCGUUGGAUAAUGAUGCCUCAUCAUUUAUUGUAGAGAAAAUUAGCGAAAACUUUGAAGAUGAAAAACCAAGUAUGGGUUUUGGCUUCACAGAUGAUAAGUUGGAAGAGAAUGAAUUCAAUUCAAUUGUAGAAAAUAGAUUCGAGGAUAAGCCGCUUGUAGAUACCAUUUCAAAUAAUGAACAACAGUUGUUGGAGGAGAAUGACUAUGCUGCACCGUUGUCUCCUGUUAGAGAAGAAGUCCAAGAACAGCAACCGCCGGCUUCUAGCAUGCAAAUCGACGAAACUCAUUUCGAUUUGAAACUUGAUGCUCCAAUUGAAGCCGCACCUCAAGACCAAAGUCCUCUGGUACCGGAGGCAUUGUCCCCUGCUGAACCAGAACACAAUUUCAAUGUUCUAGACGCGGAUGAGCCAUUAGAAACUAAGAUGGACCACUUUUCUCACCCGAUUCCCGAAGCUGUUCCGAGUGAAGACGUUAAAGCAAUGGACGAUUUCCUGGCAACAGAAUCGAGAGAUAAUCUGAUAGAAGCUGUGUCAGACGAGUUGAAGGACGAGGUUUGUCUCAUGAAGGCGGACGUCAGUGCUAAUGUUGAGAAUGUUUCGGAGGUUGCUGAACUCUUGGACACUGCUCCAGUUGUUGACUCACAAGUGCCAGAAGAGAAAGCGCCAGAAUCGGCUUUGAUAGCGCCGGAAUCGGCUUUGACAGCGCCGGAAUCUGCUUUGAUAGCGCCGGAACCGGCUUUGACAGCGCCGGAAUCGGCUUUGACUCAGGCGGCGGCCCAACAGAAGGAAGAAGCUCUGGAGCCGACUUUCAACGUGGACUUCGUUGCUGCCGAACCUAUCUUGACUCCAGUGGAGUCUGCCAAAGUGGAGGAGCAGCCAGCUGAACAGCUGGUGGUUGCAGCUGAAGUGCAUCCCCCCACCACCGAGACUCCUCCACCCACUCCAGCUGUUCCAGCUGUUGUCGAGGACAAGAAGGAAGGGCUUAUUGCUGCUGCCGCUGCUGUUGCUGGUGCGGCCGUAGCUAUAGCAGCAGCUGCUACUACAAAAGCUGCCCCGACAAAGAAGCCCACCACCCUCUCAUCAGCUGGAGCCAAGAAGCCAGGAGUCGCCUCCACGGCCGCCAAGAAGCCAACCGAUCUGGCCUCCAAGGCAGCUGGUGCCAAGGCUGCCCCCUCCAAGGCAGCAGCACCAGGUGCCAAAGCCACGUCACCCACUAAACCUGUCGCGAUCAAGAAGACAGCUGUGACAUCAACGACGUCUGCAGCCAAACCAUCCAAGCCACUGGCUGGUCUCAAGUCAGCGGCCGCAACAGCCAAGCCAUUGUCACCGGCCAGCAAGCCCACCACACCCACCAGCAAACCCAGCACUCCGACAUCGUCGUCGAGGCCGUCAAGUGCCCCCAAAACGUCCCCCACCAAAACAACUGCUGUCAAAGCAACUGUUGGUGCCGCUGCUGCUGCGAAGCCCAAGUCAGCUGUGGCUGAUAAGAAGCCACUGACCAACGGAACCUCUCGACCAGCUUCCUCCACAUUGGCUGCCAAGAAACCGGCCACAACUGCCACCGCUGCUACUAAAACCGUUGGUGCAGCAAAGCCUGCUACAACUGCUGCCAAACCAGCAGCGAAGGUUGGUGCAGCAGCCCCCAAACCGAAGGCACCUGUCUCGAGCACCACCAGUCGACCGGCUGCACCAGCAGCUGCACCUGCAAAGCCACCGCCCAUCAGAGCCCCGGCUAAGCCCAGCGACAAGACUGGCAAGGAAACCAUCAACAAGCAGAUAUCGUCUGCCAAGCCAGCUGCCGCCAAAACGGCUGCACCUGCGAAACCAGCUCCUAUCAAGAAGACUGAUGCGAAGCCAACUGCCAACGGAAAGGUGCCGGCCGGCAAGCCUGUGCCCAAGUCGGCCACUGCAGUCAAGAAGCCUCCUACCACCGCCACCGCCGCCGAUGACAAGAAGAAGAAGGCAGAUGGGGCUGCUCCUACCCAGGAGCACACCGUCACCACCACCAAUGGCUACGAAGAGCCUCCUCUCCCCCUAAACGGCCUCGCCAAAGACGACUCACCCCUCGAGAAUCACAUUCACCAGGAUGCCUUAGUCAUCAACUAACUAACAGUGCAAGUUUUCCUGCUAGAAAUCGAGUAUUUUUGUUGAACAAACACCGCCUUGUCCUCUGACCUCAUCAGAUGAGACAGUUCAUUUAAUAACGGAGUAGCGGGACUAAAAAGGCUGUUUGAAGUUUUUUGUGAAAUUAUUGAGACUGAUAGUAUUAUUAUCCGUUAAUUUUCAGUUUACUGGAUUUGAAAGAUACGUCGUAAUAUUUUGUUUUGUUUUUUAAAUAGUACUGUUUAUCAUCUAGGAUUUAUAGCAGAAAGCUAAAUAAUCAUUAAAAUGUGGGUGUUGUUUGAAACAAGAACCGGAGUUCACAGGAAAAAGAAGAUUUCCAUUUAAAAAAGACGUGCAACGCAAAAGUGUAUGAUUUGCGUUACGUGACGCAAUCACUCUGUAUUUAGAGAAUUAUCGUUGCCUGGGGGUAAAUAAUUAUUAAACUGUAUUUUUGUCAGUUUGAAACAAGGCGAUUCUAAUAAUUAUCUUCUCAAAUUCUACAUCUUGUUGUAAGUGGGUUAUGAAAGCUGAGGAUUGAUGUUUAUUGUAACAGACAUAAACUUCAUGUUUCCAGUUGAAUAAACCAAACAUACUUAACUAUGCAAUAGUGUUUUGUCAAAAACGAAAAGAUAUCUGCGCACAAUUGAAUUUAUUCCAUUUAUUGAUUGGGAUCGUGUUGAAUAUUAUUUUGGGAUUGUCAAUCAUUAAUGAGGAGGAAUCAUGCAUUACAUGUGAAUAAAUGAUCUAUUCAUAUUGAUUCUGAGCACAACUGCAAGUAAUUGAAAAUUAUGCAUUUUAUACUUAUAUAUAAAAUACUGUAUAAUAAAACUAUGAAAGUUAUACUUACGCAUUGUAUGCUAAAUACUAAAUGAUGUUAUACAUAAUAUUUGAAUUAAUUGAUAAUGUUGAUAAAAUGUGAGGGUUUUGUAAACUGAAUCAUCUGGCCUAUUAUACUGUAGUGCAUCCCCUAUUGUCGUUAAAAGUCGAAAUCGGUUUUUUAUGCUAUUUAAUAUUUAUUAUUCAGAGAAUAGUAUUUUAAAGAUUUUCUAAGAAGAACUUUCAACAUUUUAAAGUUGAGUAAGAAUUUGUGAAAUUGAUUUUUGCAAUCUUUUAUCCAGAGAGCUUUGACGUAUCGGAUUCGUUGUAUACAACUCCAUUUAGCCAGAAAGCGCAGUCUUAUUAUGUGUAAUACUAGUUAUCGUGUUGAUAUAAUGAUAUAUUUAUGUGGUUAUAAUAUUUUUAUUUCAAUUGCAAUCACUAUUGAUGAUUGAUUGUAGCAAAAUUAUAAUACUUGUUAGCGCUUGACGAAGCAAACAGGUGAAAUUAAAUCAAUUUGAUAAAAAGUUUAUCAACAAUCAUUACAAAUAAUAAUGCUAUUCGAACAAAAAAUUAAAACUUUGCACUAACACGCAUAGACCACAUAAUAUGACAUCAAAAUACUUUGUUCUUGUAAUUUUGUAACUUAUAACAACUAUUAAAAAUAGGACUAAUUACUAUUUUAUUUAUUGAUGCAAAAUGUGAAUUUUGAAUUUCUGCUUUUGUAAAGAGAUUUUGUAUUUUAUUUCUAUGCUUUAGAUAGGUUUAAGUGUUGCAUUUGAUUAAUUCCACUCACCGCUUGAGAAUAGACGUAUUAUCUUAGAAAUGAGUUGUUUUCUUUCUUUCAGUGUGAUUAAUACAUUUUUUUCUUAUCGAAUUCAUUUUGAAAAUGUGUGAUGCACUAAAGUGCAAAUCACAAGCAUAUUUUCAUUUUUUUGUAAAUACAGUUUAAAUAAUAAAACUUUGAUUCAAAUACCAUAUUAUUUGAUUCAGAUUCUAAAUACCCUUGCGGUGCUAAUUUAAUAAUGUUAAUUUAUUAAUUUACUCCUUAAACUUUAUUAUAUGUUGAAUAUUUGGAUGAUAAUUUCAUUUGCAUUAUAAAUAAUUACUCGCACUUGAUAUAUUAAUACAACUAAUACAAAAUUACAUAAAUACGUGAGUUUUUUAUUUGUUUAUUGAUUUUGAAGAAGUGUUUUAUAAUUAAAGAAGUAAAAUUUUAUUUUAUUUGGAUUAUUAUUUUUUUAUUUUCAAAAUGUUCUGCUUAAAGAUUUUGAUCAACUUGAUAGAAAAUAUUAUCAUGAGACAGUUCGAAUGUUAAUGUAAAUAAAUACACAUUCAUAUUUCACAUAACUGAUCUUAUAUAGUAUUUUCUACAACGGUUAUUCAAGAAAAAAUGGAAAUAGUUUUGUAACGGAAAUUUCAAAACUUUCCAAUUUUUUAAAGUAAAUAGCUUUCAGGUUCUAUCGAGAAUAGAUAGGAAUUGUUGUGUAACUACAUAGAAUAAUGCGAAAUGGAUUUGUAGCCUAAUAAUCAUAUUACCGCAUUCUGUAAUUAAUAUUGCAAGUCGCUGUGUAUUAAUUAUAAUUAAUCGUUUAUCAUCAAGCAAAUAGAGUAUGUAUUGAAAUCAUGAUGGUGUUGCGCUGCGGGCGCAUCUCCAACAAUAUUGGCCAAACAGUCUUUUUAUAUGCGAUGCGAACAUAACUAAUAAAAGUUCUGAUGGCAUUUUUA